CAAAACGCCAAGUAGUGCAGUGAUUGUUCUCCUGAGUUUGCUAUUUACAAUGUAGCGCACAGUACAUGGCUACACAGAGUGACACAUCCCACAAGAAACCACGGUCAGCGCUAUAAAAUCACCAGGAUGACAUCCUCGACGCAACUCGAAACCGCCGAACGCAAUCGCGGCGUGGUCUUCCACGUGUCGCUGCUGUACAACCUGGUGUUGCAGCACGAACAGCGACGUCCAUGGUGGAGCCGCAUCGAGCCGAGAUUGAUCCUCGGCGCGCUACCGCUGCAAAACAAGAGCCACUUGGACCAGGUCAGCUGCGUGAUCUACCGGAUAAUUCUCCACCUGGACUUAUAGUGUUUGCACGCGGGUGAAUGCAGUUGGUACAAGGCGAGGGCGUGAAGGCUAUUGUGACUAUGAACCAGCCAGUUGAACUGCUGCCAAACUUACUUUCAACUCCAGUUUCUCCAGCUGAGUGGGAAAACGCCCAGGUCACCCAGUGCUUUGGCUCGACAGGAGAUUUUACUCCGCCGACACUGGAAACACUAGAGAGGUGUGUGAGUUUUGUGCAUGAGCAGGUUGAUGUGCAACAGAAUACGACGUACGUGCACUGCAAAGCUGGCCGUGGUCGCAGCACCGUGGUAGUGGUAGCGUUCCUCGUUCAGUAUCGCGAUAUGAAAUUGGAAGAGGCCUUCGAGUUCGUGAAAAGCAAGCGCCCGCAUGUGAGCCUACAUCCGAAACAACGUCGCAUCCUGCACGAGUUUAGUAAGAAAUAUCCAUCUUCCGCCGGCGCAUCGCCUGCAAGCACAAUCACAUAGGCCAAGAUAUGUAAAACCUCUUGGAUGCUGAGUAGCUCACUCGUCUACGUGAAGCUACCUAUACCUCCAUUUCAACUGAGUCAAACGCAGACAUGUUUACACUAAUCUAAAUGUAUAGAUGCCUUCAUCGUUGGUGGGUUCUUCCCACUCGAAGCCGAAGC